UCGUAUUUUGGGGGUGGGGGUGGGGGUUGCAGCCAUGUUCUCUCAAACCUGCUCCUCUCUGCAGAAAACUGCAGCACAAUCAACUCGGCUACUCCCGCGGCACUGUGAGUUGUUCAUCAUAAUUAAUAAAACACUUUGCGUUUGUUGAUGAAGCAAUUUCUACUCAUUCAUCUUCUUCACUCAGACCCACUGGUGAAAUUAGAACUCUCAGAUUCAUUAACUCCAUGCAGAGUUCCAGUUGGGUUGCAUGUUGUUAUGUUUCAGGUUUCAAUAUGUGAACAUUUAAAACAUAUAAAUAAGAUUUUAUUAUUAAAUUUUCUUUAUAUAUGUCCAAAGAAUGUAUAUAUAUUGUUUAAAAAAACCACUUGAUAUUUAGCUGCGACGACUUCUAACCUGUAAUGUUAUUAUUUCACCACGUGAGGGCGCAAGAGGAUCAGGCCUCAGCUCAUGCUCUCUGGUUCUAGUGCUCCAAUGAGAACACUCUGGCACUGCCUCCUGAAUCUGUCUGUAAGUAUCUAUUGUUCCUCUGUGACUAAUUACCUCCCUCUCUUCCCUCCUGAACUGCUGCAUCAUCUCUUUCUCUCCGCUGUCCAGCCUCUUACUGUGGCCACUCCAGCGUCUAAUUGGCAGGUACGGCCGAGCAUCCGCACCAAAUGUGUGCUGGACCUGCAGCUUUCGCAGCUGCAGUCGCCAGACCGUCUGGGAUUAAGCAGUUUGGGUCCAGAUCCCACAUCAACAAAGGCCAAGAAAGUAGCAGCCGUUGAGGCACCGAAACCAGACAACAUGCUAAUCAAACAUCAACAACGCCAGACCUCUACGGCCAACAAAACAAAAGUGGUUGAAAACAGGAUGUUUGUUGUUGGAGGGUGGACACAGGAAGACCCCUCGUGUUUGGUGGAACAGUUCUGUUCAGAGUACAAUGAGUGGAGGACGGCCGCACGGAUGCUCAAAAACCGUGGCGCUGUGGCUGUUGGUACGCUCUCUGGACAGAUCUACGCAGUAGGUGGAGAAGAUAGCAUCAGGUGUUACAACAGUGUGGAGAGGUACAGUCCAGAUACAGACAGCUGGAGCACAGACGUAGCACCCUUGAGCAGCCCACGCAGUGGAGUGUGUCUGGUGGAGAUGGACGGUUACUUGUAUGCCAUUGGAGGACAUGACGGUAUAACUGCCAUGAACACUGUGGAGAGAUAUGAUCUGAAAACAAACUCAUGGAGCAAACAGUCGCCGAUGCUGACCAGACGGAACAGAGCAGCUGCUGCAGUGCUGGGCGGUUACUUGUAUGUGAUUGGGGGAAACGAUGGUCACACGGUUUUGAAUUCAGUGGAGCGCUACAGUCCAGCGGACGGCACCUGGACCACAUGCUCCUACAUGCGCUGUCCUCGGGAGAACGCCGGCUGCUGCGUUUACCUGGGUCACAUCUACGUGGGCGGGGGUAAAGAUCAGCUAAGCCUGCAGCUCUGUGCUAUGGAGAGGUUUGACCCUGAGACCAUGACGUGGUCCCCUGUGAAACACAUGAGGAGUAAGAGGGACAGUAUGUCUCUGGUCGUCUUUAACGGUGUCCUGCUGGCUGUGGGAGGCUGCGAUGGAACCACCAACCUGAAGACCAUAGAGGCCUACAGCCAUGAAACCAACACCUGGAGACACUUUGGCAGCAUGAAAAGCAAGCACCCCGGAGGAAGAGUGGCUGUGCUGUGCUGAUUCACUCAACAAGACUGGCAGUUGUUUAACAGAGAAGGACAGGGGUGUUAGAGACACUGCCUAAUGGACUCACUAGUUUUGGGACACGUUUUGAUACGGCUCAAGUCUGAGGGGCCAUAAUGAUUGAGUAAUUAAAGAGUUCACUCCAACAGGAGACAUUAGCCAUUAGAAACAAAUGGUAGCCCGGGCACAAAAUUCAUGUAAUGGGUCUUUUUAUGGAGCCGGCCAACAAAACAGACUGAUUUUUAGUCCCAUUCAGUAACAUUCACAGGUUAUGUGUUUAUGUACUCAUUUGGAAUUUGGAAAGCAAAACCGGUCUGUUCUACAAGGCACCGUCUGAAGCAACAUAGAAGAUAUGAAGAUGCAAAUUUUUCCUGACAUUUUAAUAAUUCCACCCUUCAGAUUGUACAUACAUCUACAAACAUACAACACCAGCUGUUAUUUGUUUCAGCAAAAAAUAUAGAAAGAAAUGCUCAUGUAAUAUUAAGGAUUUUGAUUUAUAUGGAUUAAACACAAUUAAAAUACAUAUAUAUACAGUAUGCGUGUGAAUAUAUAUAUACACACACACACACACAUAUAUUCACAAAUAUAUAGAUUCAAAUUACGUUGCUGGAACGCAUCUCGGACAGAAGUCAAGGAGCCCUUAUAUAUGCAUGUACCGCACUAUAGGCGCACUUGUAAUUUUCUCAAAACUCUACAUCGCCUUAUAACUCGGUGCGCCGUAUGUAUUACUCUUGGUUGUGCUUACUGAGCUCGAACCGAGUUUAUAAAGUCAAACCACACAGCGCAUCACACAUGCUGUCACACAACUGAAGCAAGGUGGGAGUCAACAAUGACAAUUAGAAGAUGCUCAACAACAAUUGUUACAGUCUAGUUGUGUAACCCAAAUCCGUGCAACAUCGCGUCGUACCUCCAAACACCCGGAGACUUUACGUUGUGUUUUUGAAUUGUCGAUGUACUGUAUGGUGCGAUACAGGACGACUCAGACGCAUGGCUGUCGAUUUUUUCGUGGUCAAGAACUCUUUUUAUUUCUCCUUUUUUGUAUCGAUACAG